AUGGAAGGAAUUGGAACAUCGGAUUUCACAAGAAAGCAGAUACUCUGUGAUAUUCGACGAAACAAAUAUUAUGGUCUAAUGCUAGAUUCAACACCUGAUCUAGCACACCGGGAACAGUUAUCAGAAGUUAUUAGGUUUGUUGAUGUUAAUUUCAAAACCAAAAAAGUGACCAUCAAAGAAUCUUUUCUUGGUUUUAUUCAGCUUCAUGCAAAAGAUGCAGCAACACUAGAAAAUGUUAUUGUUGAACAGUUGCAAGCAGACAACCUUCCUAUAGCUGACUGUCGAUCUCAGUGUUAUGAUAACGCAGCUGUAAUGGCAGCAGAACUGUCCGGACUCCAACAAAGAAUUGCCAUUCGAAAUCCUCAAGCAUCGUUUGUUAAUUGUAACAACCAUAGCUUGAAUUUAGCUGGAUUACAUGCUGCAAAACAGGAUCCAGUUGUUGUUACAUUUUUUGGUACAGUUGAGAAAAUUUACGUUUUUUUCAGUGCUUCAACUGUUCGAUGGGAGAAAAUGAAAGAAUUGCUUGGAAUUACAUUGAAGAGAGAAUGUCCAACACGCUGGAGUGCAAGACAAGAUGCGGUGAAUGCAAUCCACGAACAGUUUGAUGGAUUUUUACAGCUGUUAGAAAACCUGUAUGAAGAUGGUACUCAAACUAGUGAGACUCAGAAUGAUGCAUACAGUUUGCUUCAAAAUUUGAUGAGUUUCAAUUUCAUCACUCUACUUGAUUUCUGGCAUGCAGUUUUGUCAAAAAUUGACCGGAUUCAAAAACGACUGCAAGAUCCAUCAAUGAAUUUCCAUGACGCAGCACUGGAUUUAGAAGGACUGCAGCAACGGCUAAGUAGCAUUCGAGAAGAUGUUUGCAUCACUGCAGUCAAUGCAGAUAAAGUUCUGUGUGAAAAAUUGGGAAUUAGGAUAGAAGGAAGAAUUAAACGUCGAAAACAGAUGCCUGGUGAAAAUGCUGGUGAUGCAGGACUCGCUGCGGUUGAAGAAAUAACUCGCAUUAUGAAAUCACACUGUGCUACGCUGGCUGACUUUUAUAAAACUGAUAUCGAUGGAACUGAACUGUUCGUAGAAAUCAGUGACUGCAUGGCGCUACAGCCCAUGGAGGGCUUUGGCCUGCCUCAACACAUCCCUCCUAAGCCUUUUGUUGCCACGCCUGAACCCCAAGCUGUUGUAGAUCUGCUCCACAUCGUCAAUCCAUCGUAUUUGGAGUCUGACUUUGGGUCACCUGCCUUUUGUUUUUUUGCAGGCCCACGAUUAAACGAACGCUACUUCCUUCUUGCACUUUCUCCAGAAAUGGUUGUUGGCUCAGUGCAAGCUGCAUUGCGUUUUGAAGUUUAG